AUGAAUAAAGACAUCACCACCUUCCUCAAAGGCUUCGCCAUGGGUGCGGCCAAUGUCGUCCCUGGUGUCUCUGGUGGAACGAUUGCUUUUAUUACCGGGAUUUACGAACGCUUAAUUAACGCCCUGAAAUCGUUCGAUGUCGAAGCCCUGCAAAUGGUUCUCAAGUUUCGCUUUCUGGACCUUGCUAAAAAAAUAGACAUCCGGUUUUUAAGCGCUCUAUUUCUAGGAGUGAUCGUGAGCAUCGUCACCCUCGCGCAAGUCCUGAAAUGGGGCUUUGAAAAACACCCCACCUUGAUUUGGGCUCUCUUCUUUGGCCUCAUCGCAGUUUCCAUCCCCAGCAUCGGAAAAAUGGUGAAGCAUUGGACAAUGUCGAGAUGGCUCUGCCUCAUCAUUGGCGCAGCCCUCGCCCUCAGCAUGGCUUUUCUAAAGCCGGCAAACGAAAAUACCGCCAUCGUUUACCUUCUUCUCUGUGGGGUCGUCGCUAUGUGUAGUAUGAUUAUCCCCGGACUCAGCGGAUCUUUUGUUCUUCUUCUCAUGGGAAAUUAUUCCCUCAUCAUGAUUGACUCGGUGAAUGCCCUCUCUGCUUUCGAUCUUGGGAAAGCCUUGCCUGUGCUCAUUCCCGUUGGGAUCGGAGCCGUGAUUGGCUUGUUGGCUCUUUCCCACUUCCUUAGUUGGCUUUUUAAAAACCACCAUGACAACGCCACCGCUACCAUCGCGGGAUUUGUGGCUGGUUCACUUGUCAUCAUCUGGCCAUGGAAGGAUAAAAUCGUAGAGACCUUUUAUCGGAACGACGAAGCCAAAGAAAAAAUCAUUGGCUAUGAAAACUGGCACCUUCCCAAUUUUUCCCAAUCCUCCACUUGGCUCGAAGUCGCUUGCGUCAUCGCCGGCGCAGCCUUGAUUAUCAUGGUUGAGAAAUUAGCGAAAAAGGAAAACGUUUGA